AUGAUUUGCGAACUCGCCAUUUCCAUCGGUCUGCUCUGUGUUGGUGUCCACGCCCAACAGGCUCAAAAUUGCGUGUAUCAGUCAUUAAAGUGCGGCUCAGUCUUGCUAGCUACUCCCUACAGAUAUACUGCUGCUCAGCUCCAGGCAGCUGUGAAUGACACAGCCUCCAUCCCGCCACUCGGCACAGCCGAGCUGUCCAGGACUCUUUACCACUGCACUGAUAUCUUGGGAACAAUCACCGGAAACUCCUACUGCUUCGCUGGUUGUGACACCAAGCCAGGUCUCCGCAAUGACCAAUGCAUCUUGUAG